CAGCAGGUGAUUGGGAAAACAACUCUGUUUGCCUGGAGACGUUUACAAAUGGCGACGAUGAAAAGCGCAAUCGAAGAUCUGAAGGAUGACCGAGUGCCCCAGUGUUUAUACUGGAACGUGCAGCAAGUUGCUGACUGGAUUGAAGAUUUAGGAUUUCCAUUUUACCGGGCAUGUAUUACAGAAAAUUUGAUCAACGGACAAAAACUCAUCCACCUUUCAGCAGCACAUUUGCCAAAUAUUGGAAUUACAGACUUCGAACAUAUUAAGAUUGUUGCCAAAAGUGUGCGUGAUCUUCUGAAACUGGAGGAACCCAACUGGAACAGAAGCAUAUCCUUGCCCCCACGCACUGAUAUAGGUAUGUACCUGGAGAAGAAAGCCGGUACAGGGAAGGAGUGGGAUGGCGUGACGUUUGCCAAGUACCUGCUGGACAACAAGGAACCCAAGUGGUGUCCACCGCUCUCCAACCACUGCCUCAUCCUGCCUCACUGCUAGCCGGCCUCCUACACAGCUAGUCUGCCUCUGUUAGAUCUUGUCAGUAUGUGUAUGUUGUCCUUUUACAUUUAUGUCUUGUUCUGGAAUCUCUGUACACUAAAUAACUGUGUGUAAAGUGUUGUACUAGAUUAGCAUGUGUAGUCCACACAGGCUUAUCAGAGACAACACUUUCUGCCAAACUGGAUUUUUGCUCAUAAGAGACUUGACAAAUACAACAAAUGCAUCAAGUGCAUCGUCGGAUACCCACAGCUGCUGAUAACGCUCCGUUCAUCUAGGAAUGGAGGGUAAUGUAAUGAAUAGACGGGGGUGUCAGACGAUGCAUCAAGUGUCGUCCCAGACGGCACUUUAAGCACAUUAAUUAAGAUUUGAUGUCAGUUUUUCCAGGAAGGGACUCAUUUGACCUUUCCACCUUCAUGUGAUUUAUAAACAACAGAAUAUUUCGCUUCCACUGUUCAACAUGUAAAGGGUUGGAAACUGAUGUACGAUUUUUGUCUUUUAUUUACACAAAUAGUUUAACAACAUAUAAUACAGCAAAAAGCAUUCUUUCAUCAGGAUUCUGUUUGAAGGAAAAUUUAUGAUAAAUAUUAAUGAAUUCAUGCUGUAGUAUUUUUGUUAGUAAAUGUUUCUAUAGAUAAGCGUGAGGAGUGGAAGCACUACGUUUUGUAAGUAUAUUUCCCACAGACUGGAUUUAUAUACUGCCGCUAUGCCACUUUUUAUAAUCAUUUAUUGAUGUUAUAACAAUGUUGUAUAUAUUUACAUGUAUGCAAUAUGUUUCAAUAUAUGUUUGUCUUGUUGCCAAAUAUUUACUUUGCACUGUCGUUUUUUACUGUAAAAAUCAUGAAUUAUUGUUUCCUAUGUGAGAUUUUGAUUUAUUCUAAUGCAUGUAUUCACAAUAUUGACUUAAAUAUAUUUCAUACUACUUCAUAAUAAUAAAAGUGAAAACACAA